CCCAACCCAGUCAAUCGGUCCUGCCCGGCCCCCGCGCGACCCUUACUCCCACCGUCCCACGGCCACGGGCUUGCGGCCAGCUCCCCUCGCCGAUCGUUUCCACCAAAUCCACCGGUCUUGCGGCCCCAUCUUCCGCUCCGACGAUCCCGGGGACUUUCCAGUAAGUAGCAGCCUCAAGCACCAAUUCGUCUCUCUGCCGAAGUUACCAAGGGCACCCCAGUUCGCCGAGGUGGAUCGGUAGCAAAAACCGAUACUGGUACGUUGCCAUGGAGGCAGUUUGAUUUGGUGGACCUAACGGCCUUCCGGAUCUCUUGGGAGCCAGAGCGAUGGCGCGCGGCGCUCGCUUUCUCCUUGUUCUCGCGUUGCUCGCCGCGCUACUCGCCGUCGUCCUCCAGCUCUACCGCCACAGGAAGCCGAGGUUGUGGAUGGUGGAAGAGCUAUCUGUGUACAAUGGAACCAACGAGGAGUUGCCCAUAUUACUCGCGAUUUUGGGCUCAGUGUUUGAUGUCACGAAAGGGAGGUCACAUUAUGGUCCUGGAGGAGGUUAUCAUCACUUUGCUGGGAGGGAUGCAUCACGAGCAUUUGUUUCUGGAAAUUUUACAGGUGAUGGUCUGACUGAUUCUUUACAGGGUUUAUCAAGUAGUGAGGUAAACAGCGUAGUUGAUUGGAGGAAAUUUUACUUCGAAAGAUACAUAUUUGCUGGUAAACUUAUUGGACGUUACUACGACAGUGAAGGAAAUCCUACGAAAUAUCUGAAGGGUGUAGAAGUGAAGGCAAAGAGAGGUACACAGCUUCUUGAAAAACAGAAGAGUGAUGAAGCUAAAAUACCUGGCUGCAAUUCAAAAUGGAGCCAGCAAGAAGGUGGUGAACCCACAAAAGCUUUUUUUCAUGGCCACAACUCAACCAAACUCAACCAAACGGACCCUUAGUCUUGGGGAUUAUCUAGUUUUCAGUGGUUGUUUAGGUCUGGUCAUUCUUACUUUUGAGUCAGCGGCAUGUAUGUUACUCUGUUUUAAAUUAUAAGAUGCUUUGGUUUUUCUAGAUAACUUUUGUCAUCUAUCUAGACAUAGUGUAUAGCAAAAACUAUGUAUCUAAAAAAGUCAAAAACAUAUAAUCUGGAAUGGAGGGAGUAGUUAACUGACUAACUGUUACUGGGUGGAGUUAGUGUUGUACUUUAAUGACUAACUUUAAUGAAAUGAUAUGAUGCUCUUUUGUAUAUUUGAAAAAAAUAUAUACACUGACCACAUCAUGAAAAUGAGCACACCUGGCAGUCCUAGGGUGGUAAUAGGCUUUAAAUUUUACACUAUAGAAUUUAAGUAUCGAAUCGGACUAGGAUCGGGUCCUAUUUCUAUUCAUUUUUGAAAUAAAAAUAAUUAAGGGCUCAAACGAAUUGUAAGGGCAUGUAUAACCCACAUUACCACAUAAAUACCCCGUAUCUUAAGGGGUAUCAAGAGGGUAAGUGCAAAAAACACAAGAGACGGUAUCUUGACGAAGUAACGUCACUAUCAUGGUUUUCUAAGUUUAGAUACGGUUCUACCCAUACAACCCACAUAAAUGAGUUGUAUCGUGAGAGGUUCUGGUGAAUAAGAUACAAGACUUAAAUACAUUAGGUUGUAUGAACUAUGAAAAGGUUUCUUAUAUGUAUCUAGUGCUUGGAGAACCGUAACGUAGUAUCUAGGUUGUACAUGCCCUAAAGAAACAUUUAGAUCGUGAUCCAUUACCACCUAGGCAGUCCUCGAAAAGUUUUGAUUCUGCAUCCAAACGAUAGGGCAGCAGUGUGCCAUGUUGGAUGUUAUGGAUGUACCCUCCCAGGCACCAAUUUCUGGUUUGUUGCUGAUGGCUCCAGACAGUCGUCAAUUAAGGAUUUUGCCCCAAUCCCAUAACCAUAAUUCAGGAAAAUGACUGCUUUCCAAUAAAGAUGGCAACAGAUGAGCUGUGUAAUAAUGCAUUCGCAGUGAACAUAAGAUCCAGCUGGCUUUAAUGAGAAGCAUCAUGAGCGGGUGUAACAUGUGGAGAUUAUUCUGGAUUUCUAGUGAUCAAGUAAAAACUCCAGCAAUUUGACGGCUAAUAUUCUCUGAUCCUUUUUCCUUCAGUUUUCUCAUCCUAUCUCUCAUGCUCUGCUGGGGAUUUCUCACGAUUGUCGACGAAAUGAAUUUGUUUUGUGU